CCCCUUCAUCCUCUUCCGUGUUCUGCCGUGGCGUGUUUGAGAGAAACAGAGACCGGCGGAAGACUAUUCGAAGAUUUAUGGAUAUCAGAUUCUGUUCAACCUUUAUCCUCGGUUCAGCUUCUUCAUCUCCUUCUCGUGCAUCCAGAAACCCUGUUUCUUCUUCCUCCUUCAAACCCAAUUUCCAUCUCCGUAACUCAAUUCCAGGGCUUCCUCCUUGGUUACGCUUCACCCUUCCUCGAUAGCUCUCCGGUUUCUCUCUCCCUUUUUCAGGUGCCUUUCGAUACACUUUUACCUGGCAUUUUCAUCAUAAAAGAGCAAGCUUGCUUCAUUUUAAUUCUUGAGGCUAGCCUUGUCUAUGAUCCAAGUUAAAUACGCACAUGAAGCCCUCAAAGACAAGGGUUAAAUCCACUGGUUGGGCUGCCUUUGAUCUCAAGCAUCGAGAAGAUGCUGAUGGUCAACUCAAAGCCGGCAAAGAUCAGUAUCCACCCAUCUCAAAUGCAGUCGCCUCGCUCAACUCCCAUGGGAACAACACCUUCGUUAAGAAGUCUUUUUCAUCAUUACUUUUACCAGCUCCAGCAUUUCCAACUCUGGUAGAUAAAAGCACCACGACCGGGGGAAACCAAGCUGGUACCUCUUGCAAAAGUGUUCAGUUCAAGGGGAGAAAUCUUGAUCUCUCUAUUCAGAAGCUCAAAGAGCUUCACCGUUGGGCUGACAAUUCCUUGAUUGAUGAUGUAAUAGCUGCUGCUGAUGGCGAUGUCAUAAAUGCAUCAUAUUUAUUGAAAGAAAUGUGUUCCAGUACAAAUACAAGUGAAAGUAUGGGAGCAGAAGCCUACUCUGUCUAUGGGAAAUCUCCUCAUAGUAAUGGGUUGAAUAAGGGUGCACUGUCAGGAGAGACGAUAGACCUUGCUGCAGAGAUUGCCAACUUGAGUUCUACUCUCGAGGAUGCUCUGAAAGGUACUAGUGAGCCAAUGAAUGUCGAUGAUGCUACUUCAAAUAUGAAACUGGUUUUGCAGCAUUUGAGAUCCGUUCCUGUUGAGCCGGAGUGGGAAGAGCACGAUAUCUAUUUAAGCCAUCGAAAGGUUGCAAUGAAAAUGAUGAGAACUUCCAUGUACUUCACUCAGAAGUGGUUGUACCUAGAUAUGAAGAUUGCAAGGUUGUUUUGCAGGUCAGCUUCUCAGCAUUCCAGGGCAGCUACUAAUGCCUUUCUUAGAAAAGACCACAUUUCUGCACGACAACACUCCUUGAAGGCACAAGCCGACUGGAUGGCCGCUGAAAAACUCAAUUCCAAAGCAGCCAGAGAGAUUCUGAGCAUCAGAAAUAGUGAAAGCCAUGCAUGGAAACUGGACCUGCACGGCCUUCAUGCAUCAGAGGCUGUUCAAGCCUUGAAGGAACAUCUACACAAGAUUGAGACCCUGAUUUCACUGAAUCGUGCACCAUCUCCUUGUAAAAUCAAGAUGAAUAAUGGAAUGGUACGCUCCUCAUCGCUCGAGUCAUUUACCACCAGUUCCGGAGAUGGCACGGACAAAAAGCAGGUGGCUGUUAGGCACAGAUCAACACCAUUGCAAGUAAUAACAGGGGUAGGCAAUCAUAGCCGGGGUGAAGCUGCAUUGCCAACUGCAAUAAGAGGUUUCCUUAGUGAAAGCGGAUACCGCUUUGAUGAGGCAAGGCCUGGUGUCAUAUCCGUUUGGCCAAAAUUCCGGGUCAGGUGAGCCUUCCACCUCAAUUGUGACGUAUUAUUGGUUUCGUCAGCUGCGUGUUAUUAGGUUCUUGCUGCUGCAUCUUUUCUUGUUGUAUACUUUUUGGCACUUUCAGCCAGCAGGUGAUUUUUUGGCUGCUUAAGCCGUAGCCGUUUGCCUUGUAAUUUAUUCUUUGGAUCGGCAAUAAAUUGUAUGGAGAGAUUGGUAUUGUAGAGGGCCGCCGUCGGCAGUAUCCCUUUGUUUCUUCUUCUUCCUCGUGUCUGAUCUUUUAGAUAUGUACAUUGAGUUGUUUUGUUGGUGAUAGAGGGGGUUGUUUACUCGAUCUGUCUUCUCUCCUUCAUGUCUUUUUUCCCCUUUGUCUCUUCACUAUUGUGGUUAGGCGACCCUGAAAAUAGAGGCAAGAGCUUUCGGGACCUCGUAUUUUCCUUUUGAGUACAUAUCUUCUAGUGGUUCAGCAGGUGAGUUGUCGGUCGUGCCAUUACAGGACUUCCCACCAAGAAGUUUUUUGCAAUAGUUGCAUUGAGCCUGGUUCACUCCGUU